AUGUUCAGAAUUUCAGCAGCAUUGAUAGUUGCAGCAAUUGUCAUUAAUUACUAUUUUGUACUCGUGUAUAAGCUGCAAAGUCUGCUACAGAACGAGGUCACCUACACUUAUAAUCCACUCGCAAAAGGGCAACCCAAGCUAGCAUCCAAUUCAUAUCUACGAAAACAUUACCCACCUCGAAAUUUGGAGCAAAUUGGAAAGGAAAAUGCUACUAUGAUAAUGCUUGUACGCAACGGAGAGCUCGAAGGAGCGCUUUCCUCUAUGAGGUCUUUGGAGGAUAGGUUCAAUCGAGAGUACAAAUAUCCGUGGGUUUUUAUGAACGAUGAACCAUUUGAUGAGGAAUUUGUCGAAAAAACAAGUCUAAUGGCGAGUGGUAAGACUUAUUAUGAGCUUGUUCCAGCGGAUCACUGGCAGCCUCCGUCAUAUAUAAAUAGAACCAAGUUGGAUGAAAACUUGAACACUUCAACAAGUGUACUUUAUGGAUUUCUGAGGUCGUACAGAAACAUGUGCCACUUUUACUCCGGGUUCUUUUACAAACAAGAACGAUUGUUGAACUAUGAUUGGUACUUUAGAGUUGAUCCUGAUGUUGAGUACAUGUGUGAUUUUCAAUAUGAUCCAUUUCAACUACUACGAGAGAAUAGCAAAAUCUAUGGAUUCGUCAUUGCCAUAACCGAAUUCGAGAACACCAUCCCAACCCUUUGGCAAAAUGUUGAAGCUUUUAUGGAGAAACAUCCUCAUCUACUCCAUCCUAACAAUGCCCUUGAUUUCCUAACAACUCACGAAACUUCAAUUACUCAUUACAUGUCAUUUACUGAAUCUGCAUCGAGGUACAACUUGUGUCAUUUCUGGUCAAAUUUUGAAAUUGGAAACCUAAACUUUUUCCGUAGUGAAGCGUAUGAGACAUUUUUCAGGCAUUUGAGUGAAGCAGGAGGUUUCCACUAUGAGAGGUGGGGCGAUGCUCCAGUACAUUCAAUUGGUGUUUCCCUUUUAGCCGACAAAAAUCAGAUUCACCACUUUGAAGAUAUUGGGUACUACCAUGCGCCAUUCUUAGCAUGUCCUCAUUCAGAAGAUAUUAUUGCUUCUAAAAGGUGUAUUUGCAAGCCAAGAGAUGCACAUUAUGACAUGAAUCGUACAAUCGAUGUCAACGCCCAUAGCUGUUUGUCCCGAUGGUGGAAAUACGGAGGAGGAAAAUCAUUUUUAAAUGAAGCCGAUUAUCAUAGAUGGUAA